CCCGGGGAGGGGUCCCUGCCGAACACGGCUCGGUGGCUCGGGCCCGCAGCUCCUCCGCGCGUGGCGGACUUGUUGGGACUUGCCGGGGCAGCGCGGCGUGUCGGGCCCUGUUCUGGGCGUGGAGCGGGGAGGAUCCGGGGCGGCCCUGGGCUCAGUUGGCUAGAGAUUUACUACACCCGUCCUUGGAAGAGGAAAAGAAAAAACAUAAAAAGAAACGGCUAGUUCAGAGCCCAAAUUCCUAUUUUAUGGAUGUAAAAUGUCCAGGUUGCUACAAGAUUACCACGGUUUUCAGCCAUGCUCAGACGGUGGUUCUUUGUGUAGGCUGUUCAACAGUGUUGUGCCAGCCAACAGGAGGAAAGGCCAGACUCACAGAGGGGUGUUCAUUUAGAAGAAAGCAACACUAAUGAUCCACACAACCUCUUGAAUUUGUGUUAUAUCGCAGAAAGCCUUAUCAGUUCAGUAAUUCCAGUUAUCUACCAAGAUAAUGUAAUUAUGCUUAAUUUUGUAAGUUUUACAACAGUGAUGUCCUAUUUUGGUGUCAGUUUUUCAAUAAAGUUUUGAUUAUGGGCAAAUUUC